AUAGGAUAGUACUAGUUAAACUAUAUCAUACGAAAGACUUAUAUUUUGCUUAGUAUAAUUAAUUUAAAAUAAAACUAUGAUUGCCAACAAUUGCGCAUUUUUGUUAUGUUAUUUUGCUAUAACAUUAAAAAUAAAAUCAAUGGAAUCAGCAGGUAACCAGAUUGCUCCUUUGCGAUUAUACACUCAAUCAACUGGCCCAAGCUAUGUACAAACCAUAAAUAGAUUGAUAACGUACAAUAAACAUCCAGUUAGCAUUAAACACGCAGAUGUAAUACUUCUGUCAACCCGUUCUUUGGGUACUUUUUUGGAUUACCAAUUGAAAUUAAAAAGCCGUGAAAAACUAGAGGAAAAAGCUGAAGACAUCAGAUGUAGUUUUUGUGUAAUUGCAAAAUCAAAAUUAGUAUACUUGAAGGACUUAUUUGUAAAGCUAAAAGACGGAGAGCCUUUCAUUGAUAACGCGGAAACUGUGACACGUCUUAAAGAAGAAACCGGAAUUAUAAUUUAUUUAUUAAUGUGGGGAAAUUUAGAGACAGGCAAAUGGCUUUGGAGUUAUUAUUUAAAAAUUAUUGCAAUCAGCCAAUACGAAGAUAACAAACGAUUCAUCCAAGAAAACCCAUUCGAAGACGAACAACUGCAAACCGGCGUUUUAGAUUUCAUUGAAAAUUGUAUAGCUAAAGAGUACCUACCUGAGACUGCAAUAGAAUCUGAUUUGGUUUCAAAAAAGCCAAAGGUGUACAAAAAUAUUUUUUCUUUUUUACGCCGUACCGAAAUAUUUGCAGAUAAUUUAAACAGCAGUAUCACUUUGGCACCGACUGAAUUUUUAUAUCUAAAACCAUUCUGGGAAGACGCAAAUCAAAUAUUGUUCAAACAAUUAGCCGGAGUCAAUGUCGAUUGGAGUAAUGUGAAACAACGACAUGAAGUCGAGGUUGCUAUUACCAAAGAAUUUGUAGAAAAUCGUACUUGGAUUUACAAACCAUACGAACGACUCGACCACCAACUUCUAAUAAUCAAAAUUAUCGAUGCCAGAUUUUAUUGUUUCUUUUCAGUUGUACUGUACAUAUAUGAAAAACAAUUUAAUAUACUGGACGAACAGACGAUGACAGACACCAGAAAACUUAUAAAUAACGUUCUCCAAGACACAUUGAAUUUAAUGGAGUAUAAAGAUGAUUUUCUUUUGAAUAUUAUAUCAGAAUUUAAGUUUGGAAUAAUAAGCGACGUUAACGACAUAAAAGACAUUUUAGCUAGAGUUAGGACAAAGGCCAACGAGAUCCUUAACGAUUUAAAUGGUGUUAGCGCAAACGAAAUUGAUUGGUUUAGUUUCAACGUUAACGAAGACCAACUGUCUACCACCGAAUGGAUAGUAAGAAUCAUUAAUGGUUUUAAUGAUUAUUUAAAUGAAUUAACAGUCUUCUGCUUGCCGUUCAAAUAUAAAGUGUUUUUGCAUUUCAUAGAUCUCGUUAAAUAGUCGGCUACUCAUUAUUUUUAAAUUGUUAACACAAUGUUUAUUUAAAUUUAAUUUAAUUAAAUAACUUUUAUUUUGAUUUUUACGGAUGCAGAUUUAUAAAAAUACAAAUUAUCCAGAAAGAUUUCUGUGGAAAAUUUAAUCUCAUCAUCUAAUUAUAUAAAUAUAUUGGCAUGAAAAUAUUGGCUGGGGGCAUAUUAUAAUAGUACUGUAAUUAAGCUUUAUUUUAAAUAAAAAUACAAAGUAUUUCAUUGUUUCAGUAUGCUGGUAAAGUUAACUUUUUUUUGUUGAAUAAUUAUUAUUAAUAUACCUUUAAUAGAGCCAUUAAAAAAAAACCAUAUUAAUCUACAGUAUGAUUAAGUAGUAGGUAAUUUAAUGCAAAUGCAUACUGGGUACGUUUAAGCUUCAAAAGUCAAUAAGCUUAAGGAAAUACUAAAACAGAUAAAAAUCCACCGUCAUCGAUAGUGUACAACUUACCGAUACGAAAUAACACAAAUUGGCAAUAAACUAUCGAAGUUAACACUAGUUAUAAGCAAAAUGCGCGGAUUAUUAUUUUGACAUAUUUUUCAACGCCUAGUUCAAUCAAUAAAUUACCCAGUUACUAGUUAGUUGCCUGACAAAUACAUUAAAGAGAAAAUACCAUAGCAACAAUAAAAAUGUGUAUUGAUACCUGUUUCCGCAGAAAUAAUUAAUUUUUAUCAUACGAGUUUGUUAUCUUUGUUAUCAAAUGAGUUUAUUAAAAAAAUUCAUGCAGUGAAGGUUUAAAAAAAAUAUGUAAAAUAAAAUAUAAUACAUGAUUUAUCAAUAAUUUGUGUGCCUGGCCAUUAAAAUA